CUUCUACCUUCCAUUUUGAUAAUAAUAAAUAAUGCUCCUGCCGUACCGUUCUUCCUUCCGUACCACCAUCUCAACCGUUUUACCCUCCUUUACCCGCGCCACAUCCCGUCGGACGUAUACCAUGGCCACACAAGAAUUCAAACAGGCACCCCACAAGCUACUGGUUAUUCCAGGACCCAUCGAAGUAUCCGAUGAAGUUCUCUACGCAAAUGCCCACCCAUCCAUGUCGCAUGUAUCGCCAGAGUUCGUUCCUGUCUUUGGAGACUGCAUCCGGAUGACCAGGGACGUCGUGUUUUCAGCCGAAGGCCAGCCCUUUUUGAUUAGCGGCAGUGGGACAUUGGGAUGGGACCAGGUCGCUGCCAAUCUGAUAGAACCCGGAGAGGACGUACUCGUACUGCAUAGCGGCUACUUUGGAGACAGCUUCGCCGAUUGUAUAGAUGCCUAUGGCGGGAAAGCAACUCAGGUCAAGGCCGAGAUUGGAGCCGCCGUGAGCCAGGGCGAAAUAGAGAAGGCGUUAAAGGCAAAAAAUUAUAAAGUUGUUACAUUUACCCAUGUCGACACUUCAACAGGGGUAUUGUCGGAUGCGAAGGCAAUUGUCGAGACGGUUCGCCGUGUUUCGCCAGACGCGCUGGUCGUAAUGGAUGCUGUUUGCUCGGUCGCUAGCGAAGAGAUACUUAUGGAUGAAUGGGAUCUUGAUGUUGUUUUGACGGCCAGUCAAAAGGGACUCGGCACCCCUCCAGGGCUAAGCAUUCUUAUUGCGAGCAAGAGGGCAAUGCAGAAAUUUGAAUCACGAAAGACACCUAUAACGUCAUACUACGCCAGCUGGAAGAAAUGGCUACCAAUCAUGAAAGCGUACGAAAGCGGAAGCGCGGCUUACUUCGCCACGCCCCCCGUCAACCUCAUAUAUGCGUACCACGCUUCCCUUAGUCAAAUCAUGAAAUCAAAACCCUCUUUACCCGAACGUUUCAAGUUGCAUAAGGAAGUGAGCCGACGUAUCAAGGGCGUGGCGGCGGAACUGGGGAUCAAGCAGGUCCCGACGGAUCCUGCAUAUGCUGCCAACGGAAUGACCGCGCUGUAUUUCCCUACCGGAGUUAGUGCUACGGAUAUCAUUGGUCCGUUGAAUCAGAAGGGAAUUGUUGUUGCAGGAGGUUUACAUACGGCAAUUAAAGACAAGUACUUCCGUAUCGGACAUAUGGGGGUUACGGCGGUCGACACUGAACGUGGAGACAUAGAUAAAGUGGUCACGUCCCUGCAGGAUGUCCUGAAGGCCGUGCUCACGAAAUAGAAUGAAU